CCACGCGACGGCGCUACUGCGCAUGUCUGUGUCAGUACAGCUCGAAACUGAUCCAUAUUCUGCCUAAUUUAUUUGCUAAAUGCCACCAAAAGGAAAAGGUGGGAAGGGUGGUAAAGGAGGAGCUGCUUCAGGAAGUGCAGAUGCUGAAAAGAAAGAAAAAGCCCCUAAAGGAGGCACCUCUGUCAAGGUCCGACACAUCCUCUGUGAAAAACACGGCAAGUGCAUGGAGGCCAUGGAGAAACUGAAAGCCGGAGUUCGUUUCAGCGAAGUGGCGUCGCAGUACAGCGAGGACAAAGCCAGACAAGGGGGCGAUCUGGGUUGGAUGACACGUGGCUCGAUGGUGGGACCUUUCCAGGACGCGGCGUUCGCUCUGCCUGUCAGUUCCAUGGAUAAACCCGUCUACACRGACCCGCCUGUCAAGACCAAGUUCGGUUACCACAUUAUUAUGGUCGAGGGGAAAAAGUAACGUCUAAAAAAACAAACAAAAAAACAGGACUAAUAAAUUCACUUCUGUGUUUUGUUCGGAUUUAUUUUUUAAUAACUGGUGCAAAAUGUUUAACAGAAAAAACAAGAUCCUACAAGAAAAACUGUCGAUACUCGUAUUUUUUUUCAAUUCAUAUGGUUUUUUUUGUCAGUUUUUAAAAGUUGUGGAAGUUAAAUCGUAAAUAACCAAAUAAAGGCAGUUUGAGCCGUAUUAUGUUGUGUUCCGGUGAAGGACGUGUGUGUAGGAGGGAUUUGCAAGGUUGCAAAAGGGUUGUGUGUUUUUGGUAGUUACUUUAAAAAAAAGAGUUAUGAACACCUAGCUGUUUCAUUUGAAUAGUCAUAAUAAUAAAAAAAUGGACCAAGAUUUCCAAAAGUGUUAAUUAUUCAACAAAACAAUAAAAUGGAGUCGUAUGUAUUUUUA